ACCUACAGUGACUCUCCACAACGGAGACAUUCCGCCAAUACGUGAGGACUGUUUGUACCUAAACGUCUACUCUCCCACACAAGGAAACGCUACAGGUCUAAUGCCCGUCAUGGUGUGGAUACAUGGUGGAGGGUACACUGUAGGAUCAGGGUCCCAGUAUGAUGCCACGUCGCUAGCAACAAAAGGUGUCGUCAUAGUUACCAUCAACUAUAGACUUGAUCUUUUUGGGUUCUUGUCAACGGAGGACGACGAGAUGCCUGGAAAUUACGGAAUGCUGGAUCAGAUUGCUGCUCUUAAAUGGGUAAAAGAUAACAUUGCUUCUUUUGGGGGUGACCCAAAUCAAGUGACCAUUUUUGGAGAAAGUGCUGGAUCGGGAAGUGUCUCUCUCCUGACGUUGUCACCUCUCGCCAAAGGUCUGUUCCACAGAGCGAUCAUGGAGAGCGGUGUUUCUCUUUCUCCAUGGGCCAUCCAUUACCCUGCAAAUCGAGUUACCGCUCGAAUGACAGCCAGACUGAUCAGCGUGGCUGCUGAGUGCGACGACAUAGAGAAUUCAACUUCGCUUUUGUCCUGCUUGCAGCAAGUGGAUGCAGAAAUGUUGCUGAACGUUUCUAUUGCCGUGACCAAUGCUGUAGAUUCCAGUAUUAUAAUGACUCCUAGAGUUGAGACAACCUUUGGCUUCUUGCCAGAGUCGCCAGUUACACUUCUCUCACGGGGACAGAUUAACCAUGUAGACACUCUGAGGGGAUUCAACAGUGAUGAACUCGGAGGGUAUAUCCCUGCUUUUAUUCAAACUCCCCACAAACCAAUUACAAUGGAACUGGCAAAACAAGUUAUAGCACUUCAACUGAAACAGUUUACCAAUCUACAUCUUCAAGAAGUUUUAAAAUUAAUGCAGGAGACGUUUCUCACAGAUACUUUAAACAGUGACUUACUACGGAGAGAAGCUUUGGAUGCUGCGAACAGCUUUUCAUUUGUGGCUCCAACUCUAGUAGAGCUAAACGACGUUGUGCGCACUGCCCCAGAAAAGAAACACUACAUGUAUGAGUUUAACCACAGACCAAGUUUCAGCAAAGCACCCCAGUGGAUGUCAGCUCUACAUGGGCAGGAGCUGUUCUUCGUUUUUGAUGUCCAGUCGAAAGAGUGGACCGACAGUGGCUUUGGACCACCGGACGCUACGGACAUUCUGGUAUCUCAACAGAUGAUGGAACUGUGGACCAACUUUGCCAAGACGGGGAACCCAACGUCAACUGUGCCCAAAGGAGGAGUCAUAUGGAACCAGUACAGCCCAGGAACACCGUACUACCUUCGUAUUAAUUCUACUUCCGAGUCAAAACUAUGGUCUAAUCCCCGGGACGUUGACUUUUAUCAGAAAAUUCUAGAGAAGAUGACUGGAAGCAAAAUGCCAGUUUCUCCCAUUAUUGGGCGCGUUGUCAUGAUGCAGGAUGACGUUUUCUUCAUGCAAAGCGGGUCUUUUUUUCUGGAUCGCAGGUCUCAGCCCGUCUUUGAGGACGAACCUGUAGUAGUCACCAUUGACAGUUACGCCAGGUGUCGAGGGCGCGUGCACUUACUGUCGGACGUUGGCCAGGUGUUUGGUGUUUGGAACGUCUUAUUGUUCCUUCGGAGGAGCAGUGUAACUGGCGACUCUGGCAAGAAGCCAAAUGUUGUCUCAGCUCUUGGAGCCAUUAUAAUAUCGGCAUCUACAGCGAAAGAGUUCACCGACAGUGGCUUUGGACCACCGGACGCUAAGGGCAUUCUGGUAUCUCAACAGAUGAUGUGGACCAACUUUGCCAAGACAGGGAACCCAACGUCAACCGUGCCCAAAGGAGGAGUCACGUGGAACCAGCAGAGCCUAAGAACACCAUACUACCUUCGCAGUAGUGGUCUUCAGGGAGGACAAGGUGGAGGACAGGUAGGGAGGAAUGACGUGUACCUCAUGGCCAACACCAGCUACGGUACAGUCAGGGGAAAGGUGGACUUCACAACUCAAGUACCUGUGGCCAAGUUCUACGGAAUUCCGUUUGCAAAACCUCCGACGGAUUAUGAAGGCAUGCCAGCUAGUCUCCAGGGCCAUGGUGAUUAUGACGGAAGCCUUUCAUGUGAUAAAUGGAUGAUGAGUCAGUUAGAAAUUGAAAAUACUAGUAUAUCCUUUUCCAACAAGGCCAAGAGCCUAGGUAUCUUUUUAAAUUCAGAUACGUCCAUGAACAACCAAAAAAAAAUCCAAAGAGUCACGUGUCUUGCUAGUGUGUUUCUGCUAAAAGUCUCCUAUUGGACUCCAGUGAAAUUGAAUGAAUGUUCUCUUUGUUCUCUUUUUUUAGGACCACUACGCUUCAAGGCACCUGUAAUUCCAGACGCAUGGAAUGGAGUCAGAGACACAGUUACCUUCGGGAACGAAUGCAUACAACAACUAUUACCUGGGAUUACUCUUUACAACGGGUACAUUCCGCCAAAAAGUGAGGACUGCUUGUAUCUUAAUGUCUACUCUCCCACACAAGGAAACGCUACAGGUCUAAUGCCCGUCAUGGUGUGGAUACAUGGUGGAGGGUACACUUUAGGAUCAGGAUCCCAGUAUGAUGCCACGUCUCUAGCAACAAAAGGUGUCGUCAUCAUUACGAUCAACUAUAGACUAGAUGUUUUUGGGUUCUUGUCAACGGAGGACGACAGGAUGCCUGGAAAUUACGGAAUGCUGGAUCAGAUUGCUGCUCUUAAAUGGGUGAAAGAUAACAUUGCUUCUUUUGGAGGUGACCCAAAUCAGGUAACCAUUUUUGGAGAAAGUGCUGGAUCGGGAAGUGUCUCUCUCCUGACGUUGUCACCUCUCGCCAAAGGUCUGUUCCACAGAGCGAUCAUGGAAAGCGGUGUUUCUAUUUCUCCAUGGGCCUUCCAAUUCCCUGCAAAUCGAGUGUCCGCUCGAAUGACAGCCAGAUUGAUCAGCGUGGCAGCUGGGUGCGACGACUUGGACAAUUCAACUUCACUUUUGUCCUGCUUGCAGCAAGUGGAUGCAGAAAUGUUGCUGAACGUUUCUAUUGCCGUGACCAAAGCUGUAGAUGCCGGUAUUCUAAUGGCUCCUAGAGUUGAGACAACAUUUGGCUUCUUGCCAGAGUCGCCAGUUACACUUCUCUCACGGGGACAGAUUAACCAUGUAGACACUUUGAGGGGAUUCAACAGUGAUGAAGAUGGAGGGUUUGUUCCAAUAUUUUCCCAAAAAAAUCCGAAACCGGUUACAUUGGAAGUGGCAAAGCAGCAAGUUAUUGCACUUUCUCUAAAGCAGUUUACCAACCUGGAUCUUCAAAAAGUUUUAAAACUGAUGCAGUCUACUUUCCUCACUAAUAAUUCAAGCAGUGACGUCAUUCAGAGAUUAGCUCUGGAUGCCUUGGACAGUUUUGAGUUUGUGGGUCCGACUCUAGUGGAGCUAAACAACGUUGUGCGCACUGUCCCAGAGAAGAAACACUACAUGUAUGAGUUUAACUACAGAUCAAGUUUCAGCACAGCACCUCAGUGGAUGUCAGCUCUACAUGGGGAGGAGCUCUUCUUCGUUUUUGAUGUCCAAAUAAAAGAGUGGGCCGACAGUGGCUAUGGUCCUCCGGACGCUACGGACAUUCUGGUAUCUCAACAGAUGAUGGAACUGUGGACCAACUUUGCCAAGACGGGGAAUCCAACGUCAACUGUGCCCAAAGGAGGAGUCACGUGGAACCAGUACAGCCUAGCGACACCGUACUACCUUUGUAUUCAUUCUGCUUCCGAGUCAAAACUGUGGUCUAAUCCCCGGGACGUUGAUUUUUAUCAGAAAUUUCUAGAGACGAUGGAUGAAAGAAAAAUGCCAGUUUCUCCCAUUAUUGGGGCUCUCUAUACCUCCAUACUGAGCAGUAGUGGUCUUCAGGGAGGACAAGGAGGACAAGGGGGAGGACAGGUAGGGAGGAAUGACGUGUACCUCAUGGCCAACACCAGCUACGGUACAGUCAGGGGAAAGGUGGACUUCACAACUCAAGUACCUGUGGCCAAGUUCUACGGCAUUCCAUUUGCAAAACCUCCGACGGCUAUGUUCUCUCUUUCAGGACUGCUACGUUUCAAAGCGCCUGUUACUCCAGACGCGUGGAAUGGAGUCAGAGACGCAGUUACCUUCGGGAACGAAUGCUUACAACAAGUAGCACCUGCAUUUACUCUCCACAACGGGGACAUGCCACCAAAAAGUGAAGACUGCUUGUACCUAAACAUCUACUCUCCCACACAAGGAAAUGCUACAGGUCUAAUGCCCGUCAUGGUGUGGAUACAUGGUGGAGGGUACACUAUAGGAUCAGGAUCCCAGUAUGAUGCCACGUCUCUAGCAACAAAAGCUGUCGUCAUAGUUACCAUCAACUACAGAGUAGAUCUUUUUGGGUUCUUGUCAACUGAGGACGAUGCUAUGCCUGGAAAUUACGGAAUGCUGGAUCAGAUUGCUGCUCUUAAAUGGGUAAAAGAUAACAUUGCUUCAUUUGGAGGUGACCCAAAUCAAGUGACCAUUUUUGGAGAAAGUUCUGGCUCGGGAAGUGUCUCUCUCCUGACAUUGUCACCUCUCGCCAAAGGUCUGUUCCACAGAGCGAUUAUGGAGAGCGGUGUUUCUCUUUCUCCAUGGGCCAUCCAUUACCCUGCAAAUCGAGUGACUGCUCGAAUGGCAGCCAGGUUGAUUAGCGAGGCAGCUGGGUGUGACGACUUGGAGAAUUCAACUUCACUUUUGUCCUGCUUGCAGCAAGUGGAUGCAGGAAUGUUGCUGAACGUUUCUAUCGCCGUGAGCAGAGCUGUAGAUGCUGGUAUUAUAAUGGCUCCGAGAGUUGAGACAACAUUUGGCUUCUUGCCAGAGUCGCCAGUUACACUUCUCUCACGGGGCCAGAUUAACCACGUAGACACUUUGAGGGGAUUCAACACUGAUGAAGUAGGAAUGUAUAUCCCUGCUUUUCUUCAAAAUCCCCCCAAACCAAUUACAAUGGAAGUUGCAAAACAAGUUAUUGCAUUUCAACUGAAACAGUUUACCAAUUUACAUCUUCAAGAAGUUAUAAGACUGAUGCAGUCAUCAUUUCUCACAGAUACGUUGAACAGUGACUUACUACGGAGAGAAGUUUUGGAUGCUGCGAACAGUUUUGCAGUUGUGGCUUCAACUCUAGUAGAGCUGAACGGAGUUGUGCGCACUGCCCCAGAAAAGAAACACUACAUGUAUGAGUUCAACCACAGACCAAGUUACAGCAAAGCACCUCAGUGGAUGUCAGCUCAACACGGAGAGGAGCUAUUCUUUGUUUUUGAUAUCCAAAUAAAAGAGUGGGCCGACAAUGGCUAUGGUCCACCGGACGCUACUGAUAUUCUGGUAUCUCAACAGAUGAUGGAACUGUGGACCAACUUUGCCAAGACAGGGAAUCCAACGUCAACAGUGCCCAAUGGAGGAGUCACGUGGAACCCGUACAGCCUAGCGACACCGUACUACCUUCGUAUUAAUUCUGCUCCCGAGUCAAAACUAUGGUCUAAUUCCCGAGACGUUGAUUUUUAUCAGAAACUUCUAGAGAUCAUGGACGGAAGCAAAAUGACAGUUUCUCCCACUAUUUGGUCUCUCUAUACCUCCAUACUGAGCAGUAGUGGUAUUCAAGGAGGACAAGGGGGACAAGGGGGAGGACAGGUAGGGAGGAAUGACGUGUACCUCAUGGCCAACACCAGCUACGGUACGGUCAAGGGAAAGGUGGACUUCACAGCUCAAGUACCUGUGACCAAGUUCUACGGCAUUCCGUUUGCAAAACCACCGACGGACUGUUUGUACCUAAACGUCUACUCUCCUACACAAGGAAACGCUACAGGUCUAAUGCCCGUCAUGGUGUGGAUACAUGGGGGAGGGUACACUGUAGGAUCAGGAUCCCAGUAUGAUGCCACGUCGCUAGCAACGAAAGGGGUCGUCAUGGUUACCAUCAACUAUAGACUUGAUCUUUUUGGGUUCUUGUCAACGGAGGACGACAGGAUGCCUGGAAAUUACGGAAUGCUGGAUCAAAUUGCUGCUCUUAAGUGGGUAAAAGAUAACAUUGCUUCCUUUGGAGGUGACCCAAAUCAAGUAACCAUUUUUGGAGAAAGUUCUGGCUCAGGAAGUGUCUCACUCCUAAAUAUGUCACCUCUCGCCAAAGGUCUGUUCCACAGAGCGAUCAUGGAAAGCGGUGUUUCGCUUUCUCCAUGGGCCUUCCAAUUCCCCGCAAAUCGAGUGACUGCGCGAAUGACAGCAAGGUUGAUCAGCGUGGCAGCUGAGUGCGACGACUUGGAGAAUUCAACUUCACUUUUGUCCUGCUUACAGCAAGUGGAUGCAGGAGUAUUGAUGAACGCUUCCAUCGCUGUGACCAAAGCUGUAGAUGCCGGUAUUAUAAUGGCUCCUAGAGUUGAGACAACAUUUGGCUUCUUGCCAGAGUCGCCAGUUAAACUUCUCUCACAGGGAGAGAUUCACCACGUAGACACUCUGAGGGGAUUCAACAGUGAUGAGCUCGGAGGGUUUAUUCCUAUUUUCAUCCAAUAUCCCCCCACACCGAUUACAUUUGAAGUGGCAACACAACAAGUCCUUGUACCUCAACUAAAGCAGUUCACCAAUCUUGAUUCUCAAUAUGUUCAAAAACUGAUGCAGUCAACGUUUCUUACAAAUACUUCAAGCAGUGGUGUCCUACAAAGAGAAGCUUUGGAUGCUGUUGACAGUUUUACAUUUGUGGCUCCAACUCUAGUAGAACUAAACGACGUUGUGCGCACUGCCCCAGAGAAGAAACACUACAUGUAUGAGUUUAACUAUAAAUCAAGCUUCAGCAAAACGCCUAAGUGGAUGUCAGCCCAACAUGGUGAGGAGCUCUUGUUUGUGUUCGAUGUCCUAUUGAAAGAGUGGGCUGACACUGGCUAUGGCCCACCGGACGCUACAGACAUUCUGGUAUCUCAACAGAUGAUGGAACUGUGGACCAAUUUUGCCAAGACGGGGAACCCGACUUCAACCGUGCCCAAAGGAGGAGUCGUGUGGAAUCAGUACAGCCUAACGACACCGUACUUCCUUCGUAUUAAUUCUGCUUCUGAGUCAAAAAUAUGGUCUAAUUCCCGGGACGUUGAUUUUUAUCAAAAACUUCUAGAUAAGAUUGAUGGAAGCAAAAUGCCAGCUUCUCCCAUUAUUGGGUAACAAUAACGGUUAAGAAAUUAUUUGAUUUGAUAGAAAUAAAUAAUACUGAUUUCGUGUCUUUCCUUUUAAAAGGGAUAAAUAAAGGUAAUUGCAUAUUGAUAAGAUAACAUCAAGCAUAAAGUACUGGUGAUCAUAAAACACACCAGACACUGUCGCCCUCGUGUUUGAUAUGUUUUGUCUCUUUUCAAGAUU